CUCCCUCAUGCUCUACAUGGCAAGAACUCAGAGAUUAAGGGGUUUGUCUGCACCAACUGCAAGCAGUGCUCGCGGUUCGUAAACUUGCCAAACAAAGACGGAUGAAGAACACAGGGGGAUGAUUCAAGUUUCUUUUUUAUCUGCUCCAAAUAUGUCUUGCUUAAAGAACUUAUUUUUCUUUUGGGCAAUCCUUUACGCUGGACAGGUAUCGGCGCUGGAGAGUGAAAAAUCCUUUGGGAGUCUGCUUAGUAAAGGAGCCAGAGGAUGCAGGUGGCAGUGAGGCAUUGCACUUACUUGUUUGAAGUUUUUUUUUUCCACGUCAGAGAUGAAGGAUUAUGCCUGGCAUAGGAAUUUAGGUUUCAAUGAAAGACUUUAUGAACCGACUUUCAGCUCCCAGGCAGUGGCCAGUCUUUCAUGCUUGUUUUAGUGUGUGAAUGAAGAAAUAUGGCUGGAUCUGUUUGAUUCAAGGGUGAUGCUACUCCUUAGUAGUGGAACCGUGGAUGUGACCCCAAGGAGUGCCACUGAGAGUCAACAGCAGGAAGGGAUAGCUUUUUACCAUCUCUCAAUUACCCUGAAAAAACCACAGAGAGAUGCAGUAUUGUCUGAGCCCAACAUGGGGUGGGUCACUAACAACUUGGUGGAGGAUACCCACCUAAAGGGAGAGCUAAUGAAUCUUGUGCCAAUGGAGAACAGCCCGAGACCGGGCAGAGCACGACAGAAACUCAGCACCUGGCCCUCCCUGAGUGGCACGAGCAGACAUGGAAGUUCCAAAGAGGAGGUAAUUGUGGAGGAGGAGUUGGAGAGAAAAAUGAAGACAGACAAGUUUUUGAAACAACCCUCCAAGAAGUCAAAAUGCAAUAGAGACAUGGUAGAGUUAACAGCUCAGGCGGAUACCCAGAAGCAACAUAUUCAGAGUUCACCGUCAUGCUCUGUCACCGUACGUGUUGAAAGGCUGGUCCACGGGGGUCAUGCCACCAUUGAAGAGCACAGAUCUUUACCACGGGCCGUGUUACGGAGGCCAAAACAGAAUGAAGCCUUGCUCAGCAGGAGAACGAUGAGUAUGUAUGGCAACCCAGUUGACCAGCAAAGAGAUUCUCACCUGGAUCAAGGAAAGCUGCUUGGGAGGCCAAGUAGUGUUUGCAUUUUGGCAGGCCAGGGCCCAGUUCUGUCAGAACAACAGGCCCAUGACCUCUGCAAAGGGGAAGGAGUUUUGCAAAAUAACGAGCAGCACAGGAGCAGGAAGUCUGAACUGUGGGUAGUAGAUGGCCUCAACUCUGUGUUGGCUCAAAGGUCAUCAGGAUCUGCAGAUGCACCUCUCCGGUCCCGACAAAGGACCUGGAAACCCAGGCCUGUUAGCAUGACGGUAUUGGAACUACGAAAGAAAGGGUCUGAUGAUUAUAUUGACAGCCAAAUGAACUGUAACCGCACAGGCAAUGAUGGAGGAGGAUUUUUUAAAGGUGGCUUUCGUUGGAAACUGUUUGGGAAAACAUCUCAAGAUAGGAAUAAAGACACGGACAAGGAUACGGCAUCUUUCAUAAAAUCCAACAAAUCUGAUGCUUCCAAAACUACACUGACCUCUCUAAAACGGAGCUUCAGUUUGCGAAUCAGGAGGAAUCGGCCACGUGAGAAAGUCAAUCUGGGAUUUGAGGGGGAGUCAAGGGAGUACUCUCAAAUUAAUAGUUCUGGAGAGGAGACAACAACGCAUCCACGGCCAUUCUCGUAUCUCACAGGAAAAACGCUCCCAGCUUCAUGUGAACCCACAGACGAUGGGGGCAUGCAGUACAUUCAGUAUCACAGCAGGGGGAAAACCAAGGUAAUGGAGGUACCCCUGUGUCCUACAAAAUUAUCUUCCAAACCAGUGCAGGAAGAACAAAGCUUAUGGCAGCUCAUAGCCAGACAUUUCAGGAGGAAAGAGCAGCCGAAAUGUGAAUCCCAGCAGCCCCAUAACAAAGACAAUGGCCAGUAUACCCACCCUGGGAAUAAUAAGGCACAGCCAAUCACCAUAGAGACUCUGGCAGACACAGACUACCACAAAGGUCAAGACUCAUUCGUCAAUAGUCAGGAAUGGACAUUGAGUCGAUCAGUUCCAGAGCUGAAAGUGGGUAUUGUUGGGAAUCUGUCCAGUGGGAAGUCUGCCCUGGUGCACCGAUACUUGACAGGCACAUAUGUGCAGGAAGAGUCUCCUGAAGGUGGACGCUUCAAGAAAGAAAUUGUGGUGGACGGACAGAGCUACCUGCUUCUCAUCAGAGAUGAAGGAGGGCCUCCGGAACUGCAGUUUGCUGCCUGGGUGGAUGCAGUGGUUUUCGUCUUUAGCCUGGAGGAUGAGAUCAGCUUUCAGACAGUCUACAAUUACUUCUUGCGCCUAUCCAGCUACAGAAACACAGCUGAGGUGCCAAUGGUCCUCGUUGGAACACAAGAUGCAAUCAGUGCAGCCAAUCCCAGAGUGAUUGAUGACUCUCGGGCCAGAAAGCUGUCUAACGAUCUGAAACGCUGCACAUACUACGAGACUUGCUCCACCUAUGGUCUGAAUGUGGAGAGAGUCUUCCAAGAUGUUGCCCAGAAGGUUGUGGCCAUGAGGAAAAAGCAGCAGCUGUCUAUUGGUCCAUGCAAAUCUCUCCCUAACUCUCCGAGUCACUCUUCAGUGCCAGCUGCAUCCAUCCCCUCUGUUCACCUUAACCAGGCAGCCAAUGGUGGGGGUGCGUUCAGCGACUACUCCUCCUCUGUUCCCUCCACCCCCAGCAUAAGUCAGCGGGAGAUGCGCAUUGAGACCAUUGCUGCCUCCAACACGCCCACGCCCAUCCGCAAGCAGUCGAAGCGGCGCUCCAAUAUUUUCACAUCACGGAAAGGCAGUGAGCAAGCAAAGAACAUUGACAGUAAAACAGACAGCAUAGGCAGUGGAAGGGCCAUACCUAUCAAACAGGGAAUCCUUCUGAAGCGAAGUGGCAAAUCCCUCAACAAGGAGUGGAAAAAGAAAUAUGUCACACUGUGCGAUAAUGGCGUCCUCACUUACCACCCCAGUUUACAUGACUACAUGCAGAAUGUGCAUGGAAAGGAGAUUGAUUUGCUGAGGACAACAGUGAAGGUACCAGGGAAGCGACCGCCCAGAGCAGUGGCCACUGUGGCACCAAGCGCGAGUCCUAAAACCAACGGACUAACGAAGGAUCGCAGCGCCCUGCAACUUGGUAUUGGAAACAUAGGUGCAACUCACUCCAACAGCAGCAUUUCUCUGCAAGCGGGUGGGUCGUCGUUUGGCGGCAGUAAAGACGGCAUGCACCAACGCUCCUUCUCCGUGUCCAGUGCUGACCAAUGGAAUGAAGCCAUCAAUACCAGUACAAGCAGUGGAGCCCCCAAUGGGAUGACUGAUCCUGCUACUUCCAGCAGUGCCACGAGUCCUAAACUUGAGCCUCCUCCCUCGCCGCACGCCAACCGCAAGAAACACAGGCGGAAAAAGAGCACGGGCAUCACAAAGCCGGAUGGCCUAUCAGCGGGCAAUGAUGAGCAAGAAGAUUCCUUUGAGUUCAUCAUUGUGUCAUUGACGGGCCAGACGUGGAACUUCGAAGCAUCUACAUAUGAGGAGAGGGAGCUAUGGGUGCAAGCAAUAGAGAGCCAGAUCUUUGCCAGCCUACAGUCCUGUGAGAGCAUCAAGAACAAGUCUCGGUUAGGCAGCCAAAGUGAUGCAAUGGCCAUUCAGUCCAUACGGAACGUGAGGGGGAACAGCUUCUGUGUGGACUGUGAUGCACCCAACCCAGAUUGGGCCAGUUUGAACCUGGGUGCCUUGAUGUGCAUUGAGUGCUCAGGCAUUCACAGGAACCUGGGCACCCACCUGUCCCGCGUGCGUUCUCUGGACCUGGACGACUGGCCGGUGGAGCUGAGCAUGGUGAUGACAGCAAUCGGCAACACCAUGGCCAACAGCGUAUGGGAGGGCUGUUUGGAGGGAUACACAAAGCCAGGGAGCGACAGCACCAGGGAGGAGAAGGAGCGCUGGAUCAGAGCCAAGUACGAGCAGAAGCUGUUCCUGGUCGGGCUGCCUCAGUCGGAUGUUCCUCUGGGGCAACAGCUGCUCCGGGCAGUGGUGGAGGAUGACUUGAGGCUGGUGGUGCUGUUGCUGGCACACGGCACCAAGGAGGAGGUCAAUGAGACUUACGGUGAUGGAGAUGGACGCACUGCGCUGCACCUCUCGUGUGCCAUGGCCAAUGUUGUCAUCACGCAGCUGCUCAUCUGGUAUGGUGUGGAUGUGAAAAGCCGAGACGCUCGGAACCAAACGCCGCUGUCCUACGCCCGGCGAGCCGGGAGCCAGGAGUGUGCCGACAUCCUGCUGCAACACGGCUGCCCCAACGAUUCCAGCAGCUUAAGCCCCGUCCCCACGUCCAGUGUGAGCCUCCGCAAUCCCAACAUCAACAACAACAACGCCCAGUGUGAGCUCAACCGCAGCAUCAGCAUCAUGUAGAAGCCAGAGAAAAUCUAGCUGCAGACAACAAGAGAAAAGAAAAAAGCACCCAAACAAGAAAAAAGAAAAAAAGCACCCAAACCCGCCCGUGUGUACAUGUACUUCCUCUGUUUCACACUGUGUAACCCAGAAUCGGCACCAAUGGAGAGAUAUCAAGUAUCGAGUUACUGGAGAUAUUCCACUGCGCUGCAAGCUUGGACAUUGUACAUUUUUAAAUAUAUUUUAUUUUUUAUUCCUUUUUUUCCUCCUAAUUUUAUUCAGUCUUGGUCUGAAAUGAUCACGAUCAGCUUUAAGAUUUAUGUUUUUGAAGCCUCAACCAAACAGAUUACUUCCUUCUGCAUUUAUACCAUAUAGAAAAAGCAUAUCCUUAACACCCAAAACAUUUCCUACUAUGUCGUCCUCUUCCCUUUUGUAAUGGGAACAGAGAAAUAUAAUGAGUGUGAGUCAGAAAACGGCUUCAAAUUUUCAAGCUUAAGCAUCAACACGCAGAACAGUAAAAAAGUAGUUUCUACAAGUGAGAAAACACUGACGCAGGGAGAAACUUAAUCUCUCAUAACAGUGACUGUUGCAGCUUUCACAGUGAUGUAUGUCUUCAACACUCUGUCAUAUACAAAAGCAAAGCAAUUAUGGUUAAAGAGGCCAAAUGAUUUCGACACUUAAUUCACAGGGAAAUGGAUUUGGAUCAUCAUAGAAAGAGCUGAUUGCAGAAUUCCUAUUGGGUGAGAGCGAGUCAUUUUCUAUGGCACAAUCUUUCAGUAAACGUGUCCGUGACUAUAAAGGAAUUAAGGGCCAUGAUGUUUUAGGACCAUUAAGUUGCACUGCUUUGUGAGUGUGCCUCUUCAAUCAAAAUUCAUUCAGAUUCAAAGGUUUGAUUGAAACUGUGAACUUCUACCAUUAUGAUCUCUUUGUUAGAGUUAUUAUUUCUUUUAAGAUUGAGUGGAUUAUGUUGGUAAUUGCUUCAGAGAUUCAGUCAGUUUAACAGCACAGAAUUCUGGGAGAUCGGCUGAUAGAUGUAGAACUGGUACUCUAGAGAUCAUAUCCGCUAUUAUUGCUGUGAAAUACAUAUGUGGUGGGGUGUGUGUGCGUGUGUAUGACUGAACAUCUGCUUCAGGGGCAUUUCUGUGGAGAAGUCAUAAACAUUAAGUAAAAAUUUGGGAACAUAACUGGGUUUCAUUGUACAGAUAUCUGUAAAAAGUAGUUCAUGUUCCUUUGCCUUAUUCCUUACGCAAACCGUUUGACCUAGCUCAGACUUGUAGUCUAAAUGAAAAAAAUGACCCCUGUCCUUUUCCUUUAGCAUUUCCUAUCCUUACAUCAUGUGAGCGUAAAAGCUGGGAGACAACAAAAUGUAUUUAUGUGACUGAAGUAAAGGCGGUAAAAGGGAUUACAAUCAGAAAGAGGUUAAUAGAGGGAAGUUUUUUUCAUACAACUGUGCAGUAUUCUACAGAUUUUUUUUCACCUGGUUUUAUCUGGUUUGCAAAUUUGUAAGUAUUUUAUUUUAUUUAAUUUUUUAUUUUUUUGGUUUACAAAGGCAAAAAUAUUUGUUUACAGGGCUAAUAACUACAUUAUACCUUAUCUGCAAUACUCAUGUUGAUGCUUUAUGGAUUUUAACUUUUCCCAAUUUUUUAUAUGGCCAGAAGAGGAUACUUGCAAGACUUAGGAAGGAAUUAUUUGACAUUUUUGUAAAUGUGCUAUUUUUUUUUGUUCAAAGUUGAUGUAGGCAAACAAAAAUAUAAUAAUUAAGAAAUUAUCAAGCUACAUUUUGAGAUGCAAAAAAACAUGCUCAUUCACCAAUACAACCGUGUUAUGUACCGUGUAGUGUCUAAUACAAAUAUGAAGUUGGCAGCAAAGAAUCCUUAACUGGUACCGUUAUCCCUGGAGGAAGCCUGCUGACACUUGAAUCUUGCACUACUUUAGUACAAUGUUUUGAAAGAAUUGAUGGAAAAUAGUCUGUAGCAGAAAUGUCUUCCUUUAAAAUAAAUAGCAUUUGAAUUAGUAGAAAUGUGAACUUGUGAAUUAGAACUUGGAUACUGGUCCAUGUGAGAUCCUCAUAUUAUCUUGACCUUGAGUAAAUUAAUAUUUCUUAACAGCCGAUUGUGUCAUAGUUGCAAACCGAUGAAAGCUGUAGCAGCCUUCUUUUACAGCAGGAAAACUCCGGUCAGUGUGGCAUUUUUCUCUGACAUCUCAACAAAGGCCAUUUAAACCUUAAGAACAGAAUAACUUCAAAUAUUUAGAUGAUUUUUGACACCUUAAUAUAUCAUGACACUGAUAACCAGCACAUACCUGGUAGAAAUGCUGUGAUUGCUGAUAUCACCUGCCACGUUCUAAAACCUGAAAAUUAACCCAAAAAAGAAUUUUUUUCCAGUGUGCUCUUUGACAGCUUGAGGACAAUAAGUCAAGAGUUUAUUGUGUAAUCUUGACUUUGUAGUGCCAAAGUUAGUCUAUCUGUGUCAGCUUUCCCAUUGGAUGAGAUGGUUGUCCUCUUACAUGCAUGUUUAACGACUAAGUGGAUACAUUUGGCUUGGCUUCUUUGGCUUUUGGGUACUAUUUGGGUACUAACUAGAUGCUUUAAUGCUACUGGGUACAUCUUGUGAAAAAGCACAUUUCUGCCAAAAAUGUUAAACAAUUCCUUCAAGACCUCAUAAGUCCACCUGAGUUUUGCUCAAAUUUUCAACUUGUACUGUACUGUGAUAUAAGCCUUAUUUCUGAUCAUUACUUGACCACCUUAUUUCACUGAGACUUUUUCAUGGUUCAGUGGGAUGACAGAAGAGCUCCAUAUGUACAGCAAUUACCCUGAAACCCUAUUUACAUACUGUAGAUGAUAGAAAGAAAAAACACUAGAAUUACCCGCCUGUUUGAAACCAAACAAACAAUAUGAAAUGUAUAUAUUAGCUUAGUGCUUUUAUCGAAAGGAAAGCUCCUCUUGGAGAGACAAACUAAACUGAUUUUGGUCAUCUUGAUCCAUAAGUUGUUUUUGUUUCUCUUUGAACAUAUUUUUUAAGGUCCUUCUGUUUGGGUCUUAACAUAGCCAACCAUCUUUGGUACUUGUGUAUAAUGAUGUACAUUUGACAUAUUUAUAAUGCAGUAUGUAAAUAUCUUUUUGUGUAUUUGUUUUGUUUUGUUUGUUUUAUCUAUUGUAUUUCCUUUUACGUUCAGAACGUGAAACAAAGUAAAAGCUAAAGAGUAACAUGUUGUAUGCUUGGCUGACUCUUGCCCUAUUAAUAAACACUCAAAUAAAACAUUGUAGCCUUCCCCAAAAUUUGGGGAAACUGACACA